CUUGAUACUACCUCCUGGUUCAGACAGACAGGCUGCACGGAGCGAGGCUAGCUGUUAGCUUCAACUGUCCACACAGCAGACAUGAGUUUCCUAGGGGGUUUGUUUGGUCCAGUAUGUGAGAUAGACGUUCUGCUGAACGAUGCAGAGAACAGAAAAACAGCCGAGCUGAAGACAGAAGAUGGAAAAGUGGAGAAACACUACCUAUUCUACGAUGGAGAGUCUGUGUCUGGCAAGGUAAAUCUGAAUGUGAAGCAGGGAGGAAAGCGUCUGGAGCAUCAGGGCAUUCGCAUCGAGUUUGUUGGACAGAUAGAGCUUUUCUCUGAUAAAAGUAACACCCACGAGUUUGUGGACUUGGUGAAAGAGUUGGCUCUACCUGGAGAGCUUGCCCAGAACAGGAGCUACGACUUUGAGUUCAUGCAGGUGGAGAAGCCCUACGAGUCCUACACUGGAGCCAAUGUCAGGCUAAGGUAUUUCCUCAGGGUGACAAUAGUUCGUCGUCUGUCUGACUUAGUGAAGGAAUACGAGCUGAUUGUCCACCAGUUAGCCACCUAUCCAGACGUCAACAACUCCAUCAAGAUGGAGGUUGGCAUAGAAGACUGCCUGCACAUUGAGUUUGAAUACAACAAGUCAAAAUACCACCUGAAAGACGUGAUCGUUGGGAAGAUCUACUUCCUGUUGGUCAGGAUCAAAAUCCAACACAUGGAGCUGCAGCUCAUCAAGAAGGAGAUAACAGGCAUAGGUCCCAGUACGACCACAGAAACGGAGACGGUUGCAAAGUAUGAGAUCAUGGAUGGUGCUCCAGUUAAAGGAGAAUCCAUCCCCAUCAGACUGUUUCUGGCAGGGUAUGACUUGACACCCACCAUGAGGGACGUCAACAAGAAGUUUUCCGUACGUUACUUCCUUAACCUGGUGCUAGUGGAUGAAGAGGACAGAAGAUACUUUAAACAACAGGAGAUCGUUUUGUGGAGAAAAGCUCCAGAGAAGCUGAGGAAAAGAAACUUCCACCAGCGCUACGAGUCGCCUGAGUCUCGACCUCAGCCAGUUACUGCAGAGCAGCCGGAGAUGUGAGGGUAAUCAUGCAACGAACUGAAACUAAACACAGACACGCCGCAACUCUUCACUGCUGAACAGCCAGAGGCGUGAGGGCUGCCCCACUCUCCCCCUGGACUGAGAAAUGUCUGUAAACAUGAACACCCAUUACAUACCUCCAGAGACCCCCGCUCCCUCCACACACAGACCGCUUCACAGCUUCGGGUGUGAGCUGUCAGACCACCUUCACUCUGACCCACAGGAUUCAAACACUCGCAUACAGACACACAAGAAUGCAAUCAACAGAGGCUGAAUGCUAAAAGUCAUGGGGAGUCGAACCCUGGCAUCUCAGACUGAAAACACACACAGGUGAAGCCAAACAGCGUCAGCUUGCAGUUUGCUGAAAUAAUACAGAAGCAAAACCAGAAACAACAGGACGGCUACAGGCGACCACCAUACCAAGUAUCUCCAUUUCCUGAAUAUUAUUAUUAUUAUUAUUUUAUUAAUAUUAUUUUGCAUAUUUGUACAGCAGGAGUUUCUCCAACAUCCACCCUCACACAACUGUUACAGAAAAUCUCUCUGGAGUCGCCCAGCGAUUCAGAGCAUUUAGCCUUAACGGCACUUAGCUAUGAGUCAACACAUGGACUCUGUUUAGUCACAAUGCUCAAAUUUAAGCCAUGAUGUCACAACAGGCUGCUCUUUUCACUCAACUAUCUACUUAAUGGUUCAGCAUGACAAAAAUCUGUCUAAACAUGAGUUUAAUCCUAUAUUUAUUCUUUUAGUAUGGCUGAUUUGUUCCAUCUCAUUUCAUACAGGUCAAGUUUUGGACACAAUCAUUUCAGUGCUAUUCUGUUUAUCAUUAUUUAAAUAUAUGAAACUCUUUAAGAGCUACAAAUGAUGGUUAUCUCCUAUGAUUGAAUUAUGGUGUAGUCUUCAGAACAAGUCCAUAAAAAUGAAACAGCCUUCACAGUUUCCCCUAAAAAUUGAAAUGAUAUUGGUGUAUGUCUUCUUCAUCGUUGAAUUUAUAUGAAAUGGCAAAUAUUUGAUAUAAAGUAACAUAAAAGAGAGAAAUGAGAAGCCCAGUGAGAAGAGGUAAGAGAGAAUGUUUGAACAUCUUCCUUACAGUAAAACUGGACCAAUUAUUUAAUCUUAAAAGGUACCAAAUACAUAUUUAGUUAAUUGAGAUUGUGUUAUCUGGGAAUUUUUGCAGCUCUAAAACGUUGAUUUCAAAUUCUCUGCUUGUUCGAGAUUUUUUUUUUUUAUCUCCAUAGUUGAGAUGAAUAUUUUUUGAUCACUAUAACUGCCUUAAACCUUUAUAGAGGAUCCCCUCAAUGGUAUCACGAGUUAAGAAGUUUCCUUGGCAUUGAGCUGUUUCUUUUUUGACCCCCACGGUUCUGUUUAUUUAUAAAAUCUGAACAAUAUUACUUUGUUUUUGGAAAUUAUAGUAAGGGUCAGUUCACCCAAAUGUGGGAAAAUAUGAUUUGAAAAAUGAUGAAAUGCUCGGGCACCAUGUGGAAUUCUGUUGUGUCAAAACUUAGAUUUUGUUUGAAAUACUUUAUUUGUUGUUUGGAUGAACCGAUCCUUUAAAUUCACAGCUGAUGACAGCUGGCUCCACGUUAGUUGAUGUGAAAAAAAGACUUCCAUUUCCAAGUAUUAAAAGCUGAGGAAGUCAAACAGCUACUUGGAUAUCUUUUCAAUUUACAUUUAAAAUGAUUGAGUGUAAAAAUGAAGCGAUACUAGCGAUGACAAACUGUUCUCUUCAGUUUGCAUCUCUUUUCAAAGCUCAAAGCAUUUCAUUUUCCAGACCCUAAAGUUACUAAAAGCUCAUUUCUGCUCAUGUACUGCUACUGGAAGAGAUGCAGCAUUCAACACUGUAAGUUCAACAUUGAUCCACUGUGAUGCUCAGACCGGCAGUUAAGGUCCUGCUUUAAAGACACGUAUACACAGAGUUUGGUGAUGUUUCUUCACUUGUGUGUGGGAUGAAUUUGUGCUUAAGCUCUCCAGUUUUGCACUUUCCCCCUUUUCAUUUCACUUUGUGUAAAAGGGGCAUGAAAGCUGAAGCUGAACAUAACUCAAGGAAACCCACACCUCAGAGAUCGCCUGUGUGUGUAGAGAGAACAAUACUGUCAUUUGUAAAUCACUACUAGUUAAAAUGAACUGGUCAACUACAAUAUUUUUUUUUCCUCGUUUGCAAGUUGUGCGGUCAUGUUACAUACUGUAAUUCAUUUCAUGAACCUCUGAACGCGUGUACUGUCACUACCUUCUCUGAUUUUGUCUUGUUUGGAAACUGACUUAUUUAUUGUCCGGUUACGUUUCCUUCUCCAUUUUCUGUCUUUCUGAAUGGGAAAAAUUUGUUUGGUGAACUUUGAAACCUUGGAUUGGUUAUGAAGAAGCACUCAAACAUUUUGACUCUGUCCCUCUCUGAUCUUCUGCAUGUUGAUCACACAAUGUUUAAUCAUGCCAUCAACAUGUGUGUGUAUGAUGAUAUGUGUAUAUACACCAAACCCAAAUAUAUAGCUGAAAUGAAUCGUGAAUAAAGCAAAUUUAUACUGA